UUUCGUUUCAAUUGGAACACACGCACACACUCGUGCGGCUUUGUUUGAAUGUGUGUAGGAAAGGGAACGAAAUGGUUAAGUUUCCCUCAAAGCGAGAGAGAUGGAACUAGACCAAAUCUUUGCUCUCUGUACACGCGAAAGAGACCAACGCAUACUGCGCUCCGCUGCCGUCGGUGUGGUAGGAAAGAGAGCGCACCAGAACACCACCGGGGCCUACCGGUGACAGCGGUCCAACGUUCGGGGGUGCGUAAAAACGACAUCCCUUGUACCGCGUGCGCGUGUGUGCGUGCGGUGCAUAUUCCACUACCCCUUACGCACGGCACACCGACCGAUUUUUCCCUUACGUACUGAUUUCUAUUAUUUUUCAAAGAUCACUCGCGUGCCGCCACUCAAAGCCGACGGAUGUGCCGUUUUUGCGAGGUUCGCUAGCGCAGCAAACAGCACACGAAACAGUCAGGGCGCCGCCGCCUUACCCAUCGCUUUUGCUCGGCUUUGCAUCCUUUUUAUUAUCGUGCGCGGCUGGCCAAAACCAGUUCGCCAGUGAAAGCAACCCCUCGCCGCCCCGCCCGAAUUCUUCUUCGCACAUUCCGGCGUGCUCCCGCGCGUAAAGCGCACUCCAGAGCGCGGUCGUCAUCGUCAGUCGUUCGGUGUCCAUUCACGAAUUCGGUCGCAAAGCCGGCAACAAACAAGCAAAGCCUUGCCUUGCCAAGUCUCGCAUAGACUUCAAGAGAAGGCUUCUAGUGCAAAUGCAAUACGUGCAAACAUUUUCGCGUUAUAUCGUGCGUGAUAUGUUCUUAGUGUAGGCUAUCCAGCAAGUGUGAACAGUGGUGAAAGAUGUGCAAAACGAACGUCGUGAACGAAUUAUGAGAACAAACCACUAGCCUGGGUGAAGCAUUUAAAGCAGCAGUGCUGAUAUUAAACACGAAUUUUCAGUGAUUUUGUGUCGUUAUUGUUGAUAGCUCGAAUGAGCCUAGUUCUUUGCAAAAACAUUUUAAACAAGCGUGACUUCUUCCGCAAGUGACUCGCCCUGGUGCUGGUGUAUUACAACGCGAAGGGUUUGGAACCCUUCCUUCGGUGGCAUACAGUGUCAGCGACUUGUAGUGUGGUGAAAACACACAUUUCAGUGUAUUUUUUGUGAGUGUUUGUGUGGAAUUACUUCCAACAUUCAGUGAUAGCGGUGAUAUCACCUGAACAACCUCUCCACUGCGGGAAGCGCAACUGAACCUGCUGCCAACCGCUUGCCACGGAACCAUACACCGGCAACGGAGCAACUACGGACCUAGCAAGUGACAAGGCAGUAAUGGCUUUGUCGCUUCUGCAGGACGCUCAAACAGCAAGAGGAUUAGACGCCGUCCGUACGUUGCAAGGUAUGAACCGUGACGAGGAGCGCAGCCUGUCGGUAUCGCCACCGCUCACCGGCCAGCGCCAGCAGCACCAUCUCGCCAUGAGCUUCCAGCACACGCCCUCCCUGUACGGUGGGUUCCACCCGGCGACCGCGUCCGCCAUGGGCAUGCUCGCGCCCCAGCUGCUCGCCGCCAACCAGACGGCCGCCGCCCUAAUGGCCGCCGGUCUGCCCAUGUCCCUGCGGGCAUCGCUCGCCACCGGUCUGUUCCCCCCGCAUGCCGCCCUGUUCGGUGCGUGGGCACCACCGACGCCGACCAGCAACAACAGCAGCCCACCGCCGCCCCAGAGCCCGAUCUCGCCCGCCCUCAGCCACAAGAGCUCCAAAUCCCUCAAGCUGAGUGUCGCCGCCGCCAACAACAACAACAACAGCAGCAGCACAAACAACAAUCACAUCGUGUCCACCACCUCGGAGAUUGUGCCGCAGACGAAGAAGCUGACCAAGCGCAAGCACCAGGCCUCGCUGCGGAAGGAAUUGUCUGCAGCGGCGGCCCAGCACCACCAGCACCAACACCAUCACCACCAUCUGCAGCAUCUGAUGCGUUCGCCGAGCCAUUCGCACCAUCUCUCGAUGCCGGUCGACAUCCCGGUCAGCCCCGGGCCGAUCUCGCCCCCGACCUCCGGCUCGUCCCCCCAGUCGAACGGGAGCGUCGAGCUGCCGGCGACGAUCACCACCACGACCGGGGCGGCCGGGGCCGCCGCCGGCAUCAACAACUCCUCCUCCUCCACCUCCUGCUCGUCGGUGGCGUCGCGGGAUCCGUCGCGCGACAAGGUGUUCACCUGCAAGAUCUGCAGCCGCUCGUUCGGCUACAAGCACGUGCUGCAGAACCACGAGCGGACGCACACGGGCGAAAAGCCGUUCGAGUGUCCGGAGUGCCACAAGCGGUUCACGCGCGACCACCAUCUCAAGACGCACAUGCGGUUGCACACGGGCGAAAAGCCGUACUCCUGCACCCACUGCGACCGGCAGUUCGUGCAGGUGGCGAACCUGCGCCGGCAUCUGCGGGUGCACACCGGCGAGAAGCCGUACGAGUGCGAGAUGUGCGACCAGAAGUUCAGCGACUCGAACCAGCUGAAGGCGCACAUGCUCAGCCACAGCGGCCAGAAACCGUUCCACUGUGAUAGGUGCAACUCGAGCUACCGGCGGCGGCACCAUCUGCUGCACCACAAGUGCGGCCUGCCGAGCCCGCCGACGCCCGCGGUCAGCCCGGCGGCGAGCGGCGACCAGCUGUCCGACCAUGCCAAGUCCGUGUGCGGCGGGUCCGAAUCGAGCGACCUGUCGCUCGACCGGCUGACGAAGAUUCCGACCCCGCCCGGCAUGCUGCUGCACCACAAGUUCCCCGGCCUAACGCUGCCGCUCAGCUUCGGCCCGCUGCCGGCGGGCGAUGGGGCGAAGGCGGACGCGGCCUCGGCGAUGGAUCUGCGCGCCACCAGCCGGUCCCGCACGCCGCAGCAGAUCGUGCACAUCAAGAGCGAGCUGCCGGAGCAGACGGAACCGGAAGAUCUGAGCAUGCAUUCGCCCCGCUCGCCCGUCUCGAUGGAGGAGCUGGACGAGCUGGACGAUGCGGCGACACUCUACCUCAAGCAGCGCCAGCAGCUGCUGCAGCAGCAGAACAGCAACGCCACCGGAUGGAGCUGUAAGGCGGAGCACAGCAGGGAAGCAUAACCAAAAAAACAAAACAAAACGUAAAACACUAUCCACACACACACACACACACACACACACACACCUCAAGAUGCCAAUCUAUUAACUAAACUAAAGAGUUACUAUUAAGAAGAGUCACACACUUACGCGUGUUGGAGUACGAUGAUACGCACGGUUAUUAUUAGGAGAAUUUAUCUAAACAAACACACACACAUACACAUCUUAGAGAAGAAUAUGUGUGUUUUGCAAAGAGAGAA